CGCCAUGGGCUGAACAAAAUCGCCAGAGUGGCUUCGUGUCGCUCGAUAGCGCCUUCCGGAUUCGCAGCAACCAGUCUGCCCGCCGAACCGAACGAUGUUGCCGUCCUAGGUGGAGGUAUCACUGGCCUCGCUACCGCACAUUAUCUCGCUCAAUCGAAUCCCAAUCGCAUAUUGCACACAGAGAAGGUCGAGAUAGACGAUGGACACAUCCUCUUCGAAAAGGGCCCAAGGACACUGCGACCGGCUGGUAAUGGCGCUCUCACCGCUCGCCUCGUCCAUCAACUGGGUUUGGAGGAUGACACCAUCUUCACCAUGAAGACUGCUCCCGCUGCAACAAAUCGUUAUAUCUACUACCCCGACCACAUCGUUCGCGUGCCCGCGCCCGACCCCCAGAAAGGCUUUAUAGCGAACGUGAGCGCCAUAAUCUACGCUCUCACCUCUGAACCUGCUUUCAAGGGCAUCGUUUCUCGUGUCUUGCUCGAGCCGUCGGUUCACGCUAGAGACCCGAGUGUGACGGACGAGUCCGUCGGUGAUUUCUUCGUGAGACGCAUAGGUCGAAGGCUGGUCGACCAGGUCAUGUCGGCCGUUGUUCACGGCAUCUACGCUGGUGACAUCUACCAACUCAGCAUGAAGAGCUUGUUCCCGAGCAUCUGGAGAUUGGAAGAAGAACAUGGCAGCAUCCUUGCUGGUCUGGUCCACAACAUGUCUGAAGGUGCCACGGUCCCAGCAAAAGAAGUCGACUUCAUCAACGCCAUGAAACAGCCGUAUCCGUUCAGUUCCGACUUUCGAAACAACUUUCGGAAAUCAAACGUUUUCACUUUCCGUCAUGGUCUCCAGCAGUUGGUCGACAAAUUGGAGGAGUCGCUCAAGCAACAGUCCAAUGUCGUCUUCGCAUUGAACCAAGAAAUCACCGACAUCAAAAACACCGAGCACAAUGUGGAGCUUGAAACUAAGCACUCCACCAAACAAUUACUCUCGAAGCACAAACACACGCAUGUGAUUUCUACACUAUCACCAGACACGACGUCACAGGUCGCUUCGUCGAUGAAUCGCGAUUUCUUGAACUUGCCCGUCUGUCCAACACCGACAGUAAUGACUGUAAAUUUAUAUUACCGCACUCCGGACCUCAAUCCGCCUGGCUUUGGAUACUUGAUCCCUCUUGGUAUACCUAUCGAUCAGAAUCCAGAGCGUGCACUUGGUAUCACUUUCGACACUGCCUACUCUGCUUCCUCGCCAGAGGACAAGGACUUUGUCGGUCCUAUGCAGGAUACUGUGUCAAAUCGUGGAACAAAGGUCACAGUUAUGCUGGGAGGUCACUACUGGGAUGGAUGGUCAUCUCAUCCUACCAAAGAGGAAGGUCUUCAGAUGGCAGAAUCUGUCAUUGGAAGACACCUCGGUGUCACAGAGAAACCUGCAGCACACUCCGUCAAUCUCAACUACAACUGCAUUCCUCAAUAUACUGUAGGCUUUGAGGACAGAGUGAAAAGAUUCCACGAUGAGCUCUCAUUGCGUUACUCUGGCCGUCUACGAGUCGCUGGCAACUGGGUCAGAGGUGUUGGCGUCAACGACUGCAUCAGAAGCGCCUGGGAGGUGGCUCGAGAACUUGACACUAGCAACCUAACUGGACUUGAGUGGAUCGUCAAGCCCAAGAAUUGGGUCUCGGUCAAGGUCAAAAGUAGU